AUGGCGGCCGCGGGCGGCCCUGAGGCGACGGCGGCGGAGUCGGAGGGGAUGGCGGCCGCCGCGACUGCCGUGGCCGCCGCCUCUCCGCCGGCCCCCGUGGUGGUGCAGCGGGAGCCGGUGUACAACUGGCAGGCCACGAAGCGGUCGCUGCGGGAGCGCUUCGCCUUCCUCUUCGCCAACGAGCUGCUCAGCGACGUGCGCUUCGUGGUGGGCAAAGGCGGGCCGCGGGCCGGCGGGGGGGGCGGGGGCCCCGGCCAGCAGCGCAUCCCGGCCCACCGCUUCGUCCUGGCCGCCGGCAGCGCCGUCUUCGACGCCAUGUUCAACGGGGGCAUGGCCACCACCUCGGCCGAGAUCGAGCUGCCCGACGUGGAGCCCGCCGCCUUCCUGGCCCUGCUCAGGUUUUUGUAUUCAGAUGAAGUCCAGAUUGGGCCAGAAACCGUUAUGACCACACUCUACACAGCCAAGAAGUAUGCCGUCCCGGCCCUGGAAGCUCAUUGUGUAGAAUUUCUCACGAAGCACCUCCGGGCAGAUAAUGCUUUUAUGCUGCUAACUCAGGCUCGUUUAUUCGAUGAGCCGCAGCUGGCCAGCCUCUGCCUUGAUACGAUCGACAAAAGUACGAUGGACGCGAUAAGCGCAGAAGGUUUCACAGAUAUCGACAUAGACACUUUAUGUGCAGUUUUGGAAAGAGACACACUCAGUAUUCGAGAGAGCAGACUUUUUGGAGCCGUCGUCCGCUGGGCUGAAGCAGAAUGUCAAAGACAACAGCUACCCGUCACCUCUGCAAAUAAGCAGAAGGUGCUUGGCAAAGCCCUCUCCUUAAUCCGUUUCCCACUGAUGACUAUUGAAGAGUUUGCGGCAGGUCCUGCUCAAUCUGGAAUUUUGUCAGAUCGGGAAGUAGUCAAUCUCUUUCUGCAUUUUACAGUCAACCCUAAACCCAGAGUUGACUAUAUUGACCGGCCAAGAUGCUGCCUUAGGGGAAAGGAAUGCAGCAUCAACAGAUUCCAGCAAGUGGAGAGCCGCUGGGGUUACAGCGGAACAAGUGAUCGCAUCAGGUUCACCGUCAAUAGAAGAAUUUCCAUAGUGGGAUUUGGAUUAUAUGGAUCUAUUCACGGACCCACAGACUAUCAAGUUAAUAUUCAGAUAAUCGAAUAUGAGAAAAACCAGACGCUCGGGCAGAAUGACACCGGAUUUAGCUGCGAUGGAACUGCCAGUACUUUCAGAGUUAUGUUCAAAGAACCUAUAGAGAUUCUGCCGACAGUAUGCUACACUGCCUGCGCAACCCUGAAAGGCCCUGAUUCUCACUAUGGCACAAAGGGAUUGAAGAAAGUAAUCCACGAAUCUCCCACAUCGAGCAAGACUUGCUUUUUCUUUUUUAGUUCACCGGGUAACAACAACGGCACCUCAAUAGAAGAUGGACAAAUACCAGAAAUAAUUUUUUAUACGUAAUUUUGGACAUCCAAGAUGAAGCCGAGAUCAGAUCGGGAAAAGGACA